AUGCUGCCGCGGUACAUGCCCUCCGUCGAGUUCUGCAGCCAGGCCAUGCUCGAAUACUUCGGCGGCAGGUAUGAGAAGCCGUGGCCCAAGCGCACGCUCCCCGACGCCCUCGCCACGGGCCUGUCCGACCGCGCGCGGCGGGCAUGCGCCAGGGUCGUCGCGGCGCCGGGCGACGAGUUCGUGGGCGGCAGCGUGGACGACUACGGCUGGAUGAAGCCGCAGGUGGUCGGCGAGAACCGGCGGAACUUCUUCGCGCACGGCCUGCACCUGUCCCCUGGGCAGGCCGCCGCGGGCUGCCUGCGCGCCGUCCUCGAGGUGGCCGCCGCCAGGGCGGAGCAGCACGGCGAGGGGGAGGCAUGCCUGGAGCCCGAGCAGCUCAGCUGGCUGACUGCCCGGCUCACGCGACUGUCCGCGGCCGCGACUGGCGCCCCCCGGCCAGAUGCGCCGCGGCCUGCAGACGCAGGCCUGGCCGCGGCGUGCCGGGCGCUGCUGCGGGCGCUGGCCCGGGGCGCCGAGGCCCACGUCUUCGCG